AUGUGGUUAUUAUUCCUAUAUAUUGGUCAAACAUCGGGUAUUUCGUACAAUCAACCAAAACUUUGUGCAAAUGCAACGUGGAACCAGACGGCUCUAACUUUUGCUACAAGCACCUUGGUCGGCACACGUCCUCUGGGUAUUUUUGUCGAUACAAAUAAUACUGUCUAUGUAGCUGAUUAUACGGAUGGCAGGAUUCUAAUAUGGCUUAACGGAAGUACUACACUUACUGGCAAUAUUUCAAGUGGUUUAACUACACCUUAUCCUCUUUUCGCUACGGACAAUGGGGAUCUUUAUGUCGGUAAUGCCUACUCAAAUUAUCGAGUUGACAAAUGGGCAUGGAAUACGACAAGUAGUGUUCCAGCAAUGUAUAUUUGUUCAAUAUGCUAUGGUAUUUUUGUGGAUAUUAACAAUAUGCUUUACUGCUCAAUAUUUUCUUAUCAUCAAGUUAUCUAUAAAUCAUUGAUCCAAAAUUUAAAUGUAUGGAGUAAUGUUGCCGGUGUAAGUAAUACAGCUGGGUCAACAUCGACAACACUUAAUAAUCCAUGUGGAAUUUUUGUCGAUACUUACAUGAACUUGUAUGCAGCUGAUUGGGGAAAUAGUCGGAUUCAAAAAUUUGCAUCAGGACAAUUGAAUGGAACAACAAUAUCAACAGGAGCCAUCACACUCUAUCAUCCAACUGGAGUUAUACUUGAUGGUGGUGGAUAUGUUUUUAUUGUUGACAAUGGCAACAGUCGCAUUAUUGGCUCAGGACCUAACGGUUUUCGAUGUAUAAUGUCAUGUUCUGGAUCUGGUUCAUCAUCCAGCCAAUUAAAUAUUCCACAAAGCAUGAAUUUUGACAGUUAUGGAAAUAUAUUCGUUACUGAUCAGUAUAAUAAUAGAAUUCAAAAAAUUCUUUUGUCAUCAAAUGUCUGCAAUACAACCUCAACAACAACUACAGCUGAUGUCAUAUCAUUCAAUCAACCAAAAUUUGGCGCCUAUGCUGCUUGGGAUAGUGUUGGUAUUACUUUUGCAACUAGUAGCACAGUUGGCACGAGUCCAUAUGGAAUUUUCGUAGAUACUAAUAAUACAGUUUACGUCGCCAAUAAAGCAAGCAAUCAGAUUCAAGUAUGGUUAUCAGGAAGUAGUAUACCCACAAAAAAUAUUACUAGUGGUGUUACUUCUCCAUAUAGUAUCUUUGCUACAAUCACUGGUGAUAUUUAUGUCGAUAAUGGAUAUACAAAUAAUAGAGUCGAUAAGUGGGUAUCAAAUCGAAAUACAAGUAGUUCAGUAAUGCAGGUUCAAGGUGCAUGCUAUGAUCUCUUUAUCGAUGUUAAUAAUACUCUUUACUGUUCAUUAUAUACUCAAAAUCAAGUUGCCAUUAAAUCAUUGAAUGGUAAUUCAAGUAUGUGGAUUGUUGCUGCUGGUACAGAAUGCUCUGGAUCAACUUCGAAUACACUUAGUAAUCCUCGUGGAAUCUUUGUUGAUACAAAUCUUAAUUUAUAUGUUGCUGAUUGUGGAAACGAUCGGGUGCAAUUAUUUUUGUCUGGACAAGUAACAGCAACUACAGUAGCAGGAAGUACAGCUACUGGAACUAUUUCACUUGAUUGUCCUAGUGAUGUUGCACUUGAUGGUGGUGGAUAUCUUUUUAUUGUAGACAGUAAUAAUAAUCGUAUUAUUGGUUCAGGACCUAAUGGCUUUCGUUGUAUAAUUGCAUGUGCAUCUACCAGUGGUUCAGCAUCCAAUCAAUUAAGUAGUCCAUCGACUUUUAGUUUUGAUAGCUAUGGAAAUAUAUAUGUUACUGAUCAAGGUAGUAAUAAUCGAGUGCAAAAGUUUAUGUCAAUACCAAAUACUACCUAUCCUCUGUCUUUUAAUCAACCAAACUUUUGUCCAUCUACAACUUGGUAUACAGAUGCUGUUACAUUCGCUAAUAGCAAUAUAGCCGGUUCAGGUAUCUAUGGUAUUUUUGUCAGUAUUAAUAACACUGUUUACGUUGCUAAUCGAGCCAACACUGUAAUUUAUGUGUUUCUUGAAGGAAGUGUCAUUUCUAGCAGAAACAUAACCAGUGGUUCGAAUAGUCCAUAUGCUAUCUAUGCGACACUUUAUGGUGAUGUAUACGUUGACAAUGGGGCUAAUAGUCAAAUUAAUAAAAUGGCAGUAAAUGCCAAUAGUAGUGUUACGGUUAUGACAGUUAAUAACGGUAUUGAAGGGUUUUUUAUCGAUAUUAGUAAUACUCUUUAUUGUUCAAUAACUUGGAGCCAUCAAGUUGUCAAAAAAUGGUUAAAUGAUAAUGGGACUACUGUUACUGUAGUAGCUGGUACAGGUUCUGCGGGUUCUGCUGUGACUCAACUUUAUUAUCCUUCCGGACUUUAUGUUGAUGCUCAAUUUAAUGUAUAUGUUACCGAUUGCGGAAACAAUAGAAUUCAAUUUUUUCCACCAGGACAAAUAGCUGGAAUAACUAAAGUAGGCAGUGGUGCAAUAGGAACUAUAACACUUAAUUGCCCACAUGCUAUUACUUUUGAUGCUAAUAAUUAUAUGUUCCUUAUUGACUCUAAUAAUAAUCGAGUUAUAGGAUCAGGACCAUAUGGUUUUCGAUGUUUAUUUGGAUGUACAACUACUGCUGGUUCUUCAUCAAGCCAAUUAAAUUCACCACGAACUUUCGGUUUCGAUAGUUAUGGAAAUCUUUUUGUUUCUGAUUCAAAUAAUAAUCGAGUUCAAAAGUUCAUUAUAGCAUCUAAUUCAUGUAGUUUGUCCUAUAGUCAACCGACAUUUUGCUCAAGUGCUUUAUGGUCUGUAAAUGCCGUAACUUUAGCCUCGAGUUCUAUUGCUGGUUUAUUACCUUAUGGAAUUUUUAUUGAUGGAAUAAAUACUGUGUACGUAGCUAAUCGAGUUAGUAACACUAUUUUAACAUGGCCUCAAUGGAGUACUACAUAUACAAGCAAUAGUUAUAGUAAUUUGAGUAAUCCAUAUAGUCUUUUGAUGUCUCUAGCUGGUGAUAUUUAUAUUGAUAAUGGUUAUUCAUAUGGUCGAGUGGAUAGAUAUACAUUUAAUACAUCAAAUCGUGUUACUGUUAUGAAUGUUAAUGGAAGCUGUUAUGGUUUAUUUAUUGAUACUAAUAAUACUCUUUAUUGUUCACUUAAAAAUCUUCAUCAGGUUGUUAAACUUUUACUUAAUAAUGGUACAACCAUCCCGAUAAUUGCAGCCGGAAAUGGUUCUGCUGGAUCACUAUCAAAUAUGCUUAAUUCUCCUCAAGGAAUCUAUGUUGAUAGUAAUUUAAACUUAUAUAUCGCAGACUGUGCGAACAAUCGUAUUCAAUUCGUUCAAAUUAGUCAAUUAAAUGGAGUGACAAUCGUUGGUAAUGGAUCAUCAACAAAUUUUAUACUCAACUAUCCAACUGGAAUUGUCCUUGAUGCUAAUGGUUAUCUUUUUAUUGUCGAUAGUUAUAAUCAUCGUAUUGUUGCUUCAAGUUAUUAUGGUUUUCGAUGUAUAGUGGGAUGUUUGGGAGGUGGCUCAUCUGCGUCUCAAUUAUCUUUUCCACAAAGUAUGGCUUUUGAUAGCUAUGGAAACAUAUAUGUUACUGAUCGAAAUAAUAGUCGACAAUACCGACUACCACCACCACUACUACUACGAGCAGCACCAGCAGUACCACAACUAGCACUACUACUACUACCACAAGUAAGACUACAAGCAGUAGCAGUACAACAAGUAGUACUACCACCACCACUAGUAGCACUACUACUACUACAACUAGUACCACGAGUAGCACUACGACUAGCAGUACUACUACAAGCAGUAGCACUACUACUACCACCACCAGUACCACAAGCAGCAGUACUACAAGUAGCACUACUACCACUACCACCACCAGCAGUACAACUACAAGUAGUAGCAGUACCACAAGUACCACUACAAGCAGUAGCAGUACCACAAGUACCACUACAAGCAGUAGCAGUACCGCAAGUACCACUGCUACUACUACUACCACCACCACUUGUACUACAACGAGUAGCAGUAGUACCACAAGUAGUACUACUACGAGUAGCAGUAGCACCUCAAGCAGCACUACCACCACGACCACUACUAGCAGUGCUACUACUACCACUACCACUACAAGUACUACAAGAAGUAGCACUACUACCACGAACAGUAGCAGUACAACAAGCAGCAGUACAACGAGUAGUAGUACAACGAGUACUAGCAGUACUUCAAGUAGUACCACUACAACCAUCAGUAGUAGUACAUCAAGUAGUACUACUACCAGUAGUAGCAGUACGACAAGUAUUAUUCAAACGACUGAUGCUGAAAGCACAACACAAACUCAUGAAGGUAUAUGAAUUCAUUUCAACAGUGCAAGACUCAACAAUAAUUCCAAGCACAGCAUCCAUAACAACUUCUCAAACAUUAAAUAUCAAUGAAACUUGUUAUUCACCAACAAUUAUCUUGAUUCCUGGACAAUCAUCUCUGUCAUCUCCAAUGUCGUAUCGACGUAGUCAAGAUUUUUCUAUUACUUCAAUGAUUCAAUUUAAUUGUGAUGGUUCACUUUCAAAAAUUACUAAAUGGACAAUAAAGAAUUGCACGUCAACUAGUUGUUCAGUUGAAAUUGCAUUAAAUGAAAAAGUUAAGACAACAUUUAGUGAACUUUAUAUUCCAUCAAGAACUCUUAAUUAUGGUGUUUAUCAACUAACAUUAACUGUAACAAUGAUUGACUCACCGAAUUUAAAAUCAUCAUCUUCAGUUUAUGUAAGAAUAACUGCAACAGGUAUAACAGCAAAUCUUGUUCAAUUAGGAACAUCUAUGGUAACACGAGGUGAUCAACAGGAUCUUUUACUUGAUCCUGGGACAUUUUCAGUUGAUCCUGACGAGGAUACAUUUGAUGCAACUAAAUGGAAAUAUACGUAUUAUUGUCGAAUAUAUAGUUUAUAUAAUUUUCCAAAUCUACAAGGAAUAUUAUUAUCAAUUGGAGAUUCAAGAAUUGAUCCUUAUAGUCCAUCAUGUUUGUCAAAUCGAUCAGGAAAUGGAACAGGAUUAAUAUUCGGAAAUUUAACUUCAUCACCUAAUUCAUCUCUAACAGUUCUCAGUGGUUCACUUCAAUUAAAUCAAAUCUAUCAAUUUAUGGUCUAUAUGGAGAAUCGUAAGAAUUCUUCUAUUCAAGCAACAGGUUAUGUACUUGUUACAAUUGAAGUUACUCAUCCACAACUGAUUGCUGUUGGUUGUGUAAUAUCAUCAAUGUGUGUUCCAAAUCUUGAAUUUCAACUUCUUAAUCCAACAACACAAGUUGCUCUAUUUACUGUGUGUAUUGGAACUUGUACAAAUCUUCAAAGUAUUAAAUGGAACAUUUAUCAAGGAUCAGACAAUUCAACAUCUUCAAAUUCUACUCAAUGGACUUUAUUUAAUCAAACAAGUUUAUAUGAAAAUAUUUUGUUUUUUGGUACGAAUACAAGUAAUUUCACAGCAACAGAUCUAUUAUUUCUUAAUAAUCUUCAGAUAAGUCUUUGGCGUUUUGAAGUUGUUUAUACAUUUCUAUCUGCAAUAAGUACAAGUGCAUUGAAUUUUAUUAUUAAUCAACCGCCUUCAAAUGGUUCAUGUUCAAUCAAUCCUCUUAGUGGUACUAUAACUACUUUAUUCACUAUUAAGUGUCUAGACUGGUAUGAUGUAGAUGGAAUACAAGAUUAUUCAUUAUAUGUAUGGACAACAGAUAUAUCACAACGAACAAUAAUUGCAUUUUCACCAGAGUAUAAUUUUCAAGUUCGAUUACCAGCUGGUGACAAUGAAACUUUAUUACUCAAUCUUGUUGUUUAUGUUCGAGACCUUGCGAGUUCUAUUACACAAGUGAAUAUAUCUUCUGUUAAUGUUAUUGCAGAUACCGCAACAAUCAAUGAUUUAAUUGAUAAAAUAAUAAAUGCAUCGAGUACAAUAACAAAUAAUCCAAUUGUUCGAUUACUUUCAAGUGGAAAUCAAAAUGUUGUUGGACAAAUAUUCAUUUCAUUAUCACAACAAUUCAAUCAAAUGAAUAGUAAAAAUUUAGAUAAAGCUAUUUCAGGUGGAAUACCAGCUGCAACUAUUUUAGUAUCAUCAUUAGGAAGUUCAAGUUUACAACAAAUGUCAAUACCAUUGAAUGAAUCAGCUUUGAUUGACUAUAAUAUAGAAUUAAAUUCUCAAGCAAAUGUUCGAGAUUAUCUAGUAACAUUUAUAACUAAUCUUCUCAUAACAACAUCAAAUAGUAUUAUAUUACAAUCAUCAUCAUUAGUUCAAUUAACUCAAGCAACAAAUCAAUUAACACGAAAUACUUUAGCUGUAAAUGGACCAUUACAAGGACGAACAGAUGUACUUGAUUUGGAUUCUUCUCGUGCAAAUGCCAUAUCUACUGAUUAUGAUACUGAUCUUGAAUCUGCAUGGUCAAAUUUAAAUUUAUUUUCUGAUGGAAAUGAUUUUUCUGCUGAAACAAUUGAAAAAAAUCGAAAUCUUUAUUAUCAAAAACAAUUAGCAAAUCAAAUCAAUAGUCAAGUAACACAAAUGAUGUCAUUAUUAACUUCUUCAUUAAAUAUUCAUUUAAAUAUUGGUCAAAAUUCAACAAUGAAUACAUCUCAAUCAUUUAUAUCAUUAGAAACUAUAUCAAUUGAAUCACUCAAAGACAGACUUGUGAAACAAGUUGAAAAUGCUCAAUUUAGUAUUCCAUCCAAUUAUAUUUUGAACACAACAUCUAAUUCUUCAAUUUCACUUCGAUCCAAAAUAGAUCCACUUGCUUCAUAUGGAAAUUUUCAAAAUACAAAUCUUUCAAGAUCAAUUUCACUUUCAAUUAUUGAUCAAAAUGGAAAUGAAAUUUCUUUUCAAGCUCAUGAAAAUAAUCCAAUACAAUUGAUGAUUCCUCGUGAUCCAAAUGUAUUAAUUCCAUCAAUGUAUUUACAAAAUGUUACAUCAAUUAAUUCAACUAUUAAUAAUUUAUUAUUCAAUUAUCAUUAUAUUAAUAUUACAACUUCUCUUCCUAUUUCAGUUCAUUUUGAAAUUCAUCCUUUAAGUUCAAAUUUAGCAUAUUUAUUUAUUUAUAAGUUUGAUCAAACACCACAAUUAAAUAGUUCAAUUAAUCUCAUUGAUGGAUGGACAAUGUUUUGUCCUUUCAAUUUAACCAAUGAUGAUAUAUAUCGAUAUUUUAUUGAUAAUCAACAAACACCUGGUCAUCAAUCGUUAAUAUUUGGAAUAAGAGAAUUAAAUUCAACAGAAAUUAAUAAUUAUUGUUUAAAUAAUUCUUCAAUAAAUACGUCUUUACCAGUAACCGAUGAAUCAAUUAAUUUUACAUCAAAUUAUGAACUUCGUAUAUAUACAUCAGGUUGUUAUUAUCUUGAUGAAAAUAGUAAUUGGAAAUCAGAUGGAUUAAUUGUUGGAUCAUUGACAAAUCAUUAUGAAACUGAAUGUUUAUCAACUCACUUAACAUCAUUUGCUGGUGGUUUUAUUGUUUUACCAGAACCAAUUAAUUGGAGUUAUGUUUUUGCAAAUGCUGAUUUCUCGAAAAAUAAAACUAUUUAUUUAACAAUUAUUUUUAUGUCUAUUGCUUAUAUUAUUUUGAUGAUUUUUGGACGUUUUAAAGAUAGAAAAGAUAUUGAAAAAUUAGGAGUAACACCAUUACCUGAUAAUGAUAAAUCUGAUCAAUAUUAUUAUCAAAUUAUUGUUUUUACUGGUCAACGAGCAAAUUCUGGAACACAAUCAAAAGUUCAUUUUAUUCUCUCGAGCGAUAAUGAUGAAACACGUGUUCGAACAUUUUCAGAUCCUCAUAGAAAAGUAUUUCAACGUGGCGGAAUUGAUUCAUUUAUUAUGAGUGUUCCAAAAUCAUUGGAAUUAUUAAACUAUAUUCGUAUUUGGCAUGAUAAUUCAGGAGAAGGUUCAUCAGCAUCAUGGUUUCUAAAAUAUAUUAUUGUUCGAGAUUUACAAACAAUGGAAAAAUUUUAUUUUAUUGCUCAACGGUGGUUUUCAGUCGAACAAGGAGAUGGACUUAUUGAACGAAUUUUACCCAUUGCUGGUGAAAUGGAAAAACAAAAUUUUUCUUAUGUAUUAUCGAAAAAAGCUUAUUUUAGUAUAUCCGAUGGUCAUUUAUGGUUUUCAAUUUUCUCUCGACCACCAUCAAAUAAAUUUACACGUGUUCAACGAUGUACUUGUUGUUUUGUUUUAUUAUUUGCCUCAAUGUUACUGAAUAUAAUGUAUUAUGAUUUAUCUGCCCAAGCAAAAUCGUCAAAUAAUACAGAAAGUAAUAGUCUAUCAAUUGGUCCUCUUUAUAUAGCACCGGAACAAAUUGGAAUUGGUAUAAUGGUUGAAUUAUUCUCGUUAGUUCCAAGUAUUUUCAUAGUUCAAUUCUUUCGACGUAUUCGAUCUCGUCGACAAAUUUCACCAUUACGUCAAGCAUUAGAGAAAAUACGAUCAUUACCACCCACUGAUUCAAAAGAUAAAAAUCUAAUUAAAAACAAAAAAAAACAAUUUACAUUUCCUUGGUGGUGUUUAUUUAUUGCUUAUACAUUUUCUUUUAUGAUAAUUGCUGUUUCAAUGUUUUUUAUCAUUGUUAAAGGAAUUAUAUUUGGUGAUUUAAAAACUCAAAAAUGGUUAACAUCUGUUUUUACUGGCUUUUUCUCAUCAAUUAUUCUUACUCAACCAAUUAAAAUUUUAGGCUUGGCAGUAUUUUUUACUCUAUUUUGUCGAAAUCCAAAUGAUGAUAAAGAAGCAAAAGAAUAUAUAGAUGAGACUAAUUUCGAAUUGGAUGGUGAUGAAGAUUAUCUUCAUUCGACUGAUUUUUCAUUGAUUUCAAAUUCUUCAAAACGUAUUACUCGUCUAAAUGAAAAUGAAGUAGCUUUUCUUCGUGAACAACGUUUAAAAGAACUUCAAAUGUGGUCAAUUAUUCGAGAAUUUAUAAUUUAUGCAAUAUUUUUAUUAUUGCUUUGUAUAAUAACUUUUUUAAAUCGUACACAAAAUAGUUUUUAUCAAACUGAUCAUUUACAAAAAUAUUUUUUAAAUACAAGACAAACAGAUUGUGAUUAUACACAAAUUUUAACAAUUGAUGAUUAUUGGAAUUGGUUAAAUAAUAGUUUUGUUGAUAAUCUUCGUGCUCAACAAUGGUAUAAUGAUGAUCAACCGAUAAAUUUAAAUGGAUAUAUAAAUGAUAAAACAAAUCGAAUGAUUGGUUGGGCAACAAUGAGACAAUUACGUAGUAAAUCACAAUUAUGUUCUGAUCAACGUAUAAUGCCAACAUGUAUAAAUGAUUAUAGUUUAUCUAAUGAAGAAAAAGAUUCAUUUCAACUAGGAUGGGUAAUAAAUCAAACAUCAAUAGAAGAAGAAGAUUAUAGUUCAUCAAUUCUAAAAGCAUUUCAAUAUCAAUCAAGUAAAGAAUUAGAUACAUAUGCUUAUGUAGGUGAUUAUGGAACGUAUAGUGGAGAUGGUUAUGUAUAUGAAUUUCGUGGUCGUUUAUCUGAUAUUAAAAGUAAUUUAUCUUUACUUCAUCAAUUACAAUGGAUUGAUUCAAAGACAAGAGCUGUUAUUAUUCAAUUAACUUUAUAUAAUCCAAAUGUUGCAUUAUAUACUUCAGUUACCUUUCUUCUAGAAUUUUUAUCUGCAAGUGGAGUUUAUCCAUCCGCUCGUUUUGAACCACUUAAUUUCUAUGUAUUUACAUCAUUAACACAAUUGAUUUGUACAAUUAUUUAUAUAUGUUUUAUUAUUUAUUUUCUUAUCAUUGAAAUGAAAUUAUUAAUUAAAUUAAAAUUAAAAUAUUUUUAUGAAUUUUGGUCAAUAAUUCAAAUUGGUAUAAUAAGUUGUUCAAUAACAAGUAUUAUUAUUUAUAUUUGGCGUUUUAAAGAAUAUAAUCGUUUAAGUUCACUUUUUCUCAAAACAAAUGGAUAUGUUUAUAUUAAUUUACAAAUGACAGUUUAUGUCGAUGAUGUUUUAACAUCUCUUCUUGGUUUUUGUUGUUUUUUUGGAAUUAUUAAAUUUAUUAAAUUUAUUCGAUUUAAUAAAUCAUUAAGAAUAUUUGUUCAAAUACUUAAAUAUGUUACAAAAGACAUUAUUUCAUUUUCAUUUAUGUUUUCAAUUGUAUUUAUGUCCUUUGUUUCAUUAUUUUAUUUAUUAUUUACAUCAAGUAUUGAAUCAUGUUCAAGUUUAUUAUCAACAUCUCAAAUGUUAUUUGAAAUAACAUUAAUGAAAUUUGAUGCAAGUGAUUUUACUGGAGCUGAUCCAUUUCUUGGUCCAUUUUGUUUUUCACUUUUUGUUAUUAUUGUUGUUUUCGUAUGUUUAAGUAUGUUUAUUUCAAUACUUAAUGAUGGUUUUCAUCAUGUUGAAGAAAAUCCAAUUGAAGAUCCACACAUUUUAUCCUAUAUGUUAAAGAAAUUUUUAAAUUGGACACAUUUAAGAAGACCAAAUGUUGAAGAAAUUUAUGAAAUACAAGACUCUCAAAUGCAUUCUCAAUAUGUUGAUCCAAUUGAAAAUUUUCCUGAUAAAAUCGAUCAAUUAUUAGAAGCAAUCGAUCGAGUAUAUUAA